GUUCAUUACUGUUUUCAAGGAUAAGCGAUGCCCACGUGCUGGCCCCGCACUGGCAAAAACAUCAAAAUUCAAUUGUCGUCUUUGUCGCCUCUUGUGGUCGUCUCGCUGUCAAGUACUCAGUAAGAACUCAAACAAACUGCUGCCGGAAUGCCACUUCGAGCAGCGUAAAUGGGCAAGACACAGAAAAUAAAAAUAACAAUAAAAAUAAAAAGAAAAAUAAAAAUACAAAUAAAGAGUAAAGAAAACCGUUCAAAACAAAAAAAUAAUUAAGCACAGAGAAACUAGUUGAAAUAUUCACCAAAAACCAAAACAGUUAAUGAGCAAAUACCGUUACGCGCGUUAAAAGUACAAGUAAUUUUUUUUUUUGUAAUUUUUUUUAAUGUUCUUGAUGUUGUUGUUGUUUUUUGUUUUUUCUUUUUGCCAAAUGCAAACAAGUGCCAGUGUUGUGAUGUGCCGCAAAUGCCGAAAAGGAUAAACACAAAUAUACAAGAAAAAAACAAAAAACAAACUUGCCGCAACUCGCAUCUAAUCGCAUUAGCCGAUUUUGGGAAUACAAAUUAUUAAAAACCAUUCAAACCGGUUGAUCUAACAAAAAAUCUAGAAAAGAACUUUCCAUGUAGACCGGCAAGCUUGAGAUGCACGGCCUAUGCUGUCUAUAGCGCCUGGAUGCGUUGAGGGCAGCUACGUUUUAGGAAUAAAAUGAAGGUUUCUGAUUUCAAGAGGCCCGUUUAUCAAAGUCACGUCAUCCCGUGCAAAGGAUGAGGCGUUUAAAAGUUAAUAACACAUCAUUAGCAUCAGCAACAGUCGCGGCCCACCAGCUCCCACGGACGACCCAGUUACAGAACAGACCCAGCAUAAGCCUGAGCCCAAGCCUGAGACUUGUUCGGCUGCUCGCCGUUCUCACUGUGAUUGGAUUUCAGUUUCGUUGUGUCCUGUGCACAGCAGCUACCAGUGCAUCGAUAUCAACGAGCCUGAGCACACAGAGCAACAGCACAGAAAAUAAUUUCUAUUUUGAUGAGCAGAAUACCACUACCAAAUCGCAAUCAAUCCUUGCUGCGGACUCGACAGCCGCAAUAGCCGACGUCUCACCGAUGCCAGCCGAGGCGCUACCGACCCUACCAACAGCCAGAGCACAAGUUGGACUUACAACGCUAACAACUGUCCGGCUGAUGGGAAGCGAGACCUCUAUGAGAACUGCAGUUGACAGCGAUGGGAUCGGGAAUGGGACAACGGUUAGGAACCAUAAUGCUGUAGAUCUUGGGUCCACGGGCGUGGCGACGGCAGCGGCGGCAACGACCAAGAGCAUCAGAAGCACCAUUAAGCAACCCAACCUGGAUGCCACACGCUCCAGGAACCACUGGACCGUUGGCGGCUCCGCUGAUGCGGAACGUUCGCGCACAUUUCGCAGCAAGUAUCAUCAUGAGAACCACUACGGUCCGUUCUUCGAGGAGCCAUCGAAUCUAGUUGAUCCCGGCAAGACUCUCGUCUCUGCAGUGCAUCUAUUUACGGAAGCUGUGCUCAACUGUCGCGUCGGCAUGCUCAAGGAUAAGACGGUAAUGUGGGUGAGGCGAACAACUGAGAAGGUGUCACUGCUAACCGUUGGAAAUGUCACAUAUAGCGGGGAUCCACGCAUACGAGUCAAGUUUCAGUAUCCGAACAAUUGGCGCCUGAUGAUAAACCCAACGCAAAGGGAAGAUGCUGGCAUCUAUAUGUGCCAGGUUUCAACGCAUCCUCCGCGUGUCUUCACCACAAACCUGACCAUAUUGGAGCCGCCGUUAAGGAUAAUCGAUGAGCAUGAACGCGAUGUGGGCGACAGAUAUUACAAGUCCGGCAGCACUGUGGAUCUGCAGUGUCAAAUAUCUCGGAAUUUCUUCCAAAAGGAGCGCCACAGCAUACUCAAAUCGACGGGCUCGAGCGGCUCAGCCAACAAACCGAAUGAGACGGGCAGCGACAUAAAUCUGAUCGCCGAUGCGAAUCAAACAUAUAGCACAUUCUCGAGCCAGGAGCUGGAGAAAUACUUUACUAACUUCAUUACCUGGGCCAAGGACGAGGAACCGCUGCCAGCACCGACCAAUAGACGUUCCAGCGUAUCCGAUAAAUGGCUCAACAGUCGCAUUUCCAUACCAGAAGCCAAGCUCUCAGAUAGCGGCAACUAUUCCUGUUCCCUUGGUAGACUAUUCACUGUAAUUGUGCAAGUUCAAGUACUCACGGGAGAAUUACCCGCCGCAGUCCAACACAAUUUGGCACACAGAUCCGACAGCUGCUUCUCACUCACCUGGAGUCUCGUCCUCAUUCUCAUUUGUUUUUAUGCUCUCGCGAGCCAUUCUUCGCACCUUCACAAUAUCACUGAUGAACGAUGAAUGAUGAAUGAUGAAUGAUGAAUGAUGAGUUGGAAUGAUGAGUUGGCAUUUGUGCUCAGCAUCGAAUCAUUUACUAUAUAGACAUAACAUACAGAUACGAUUUAAAUACCAAAACAAAAGAGAAUUACUUAAAUAGAGCAUCUCCAAUUAUUUCCAUA